GUGAGGAAGAUAUAGAAAUCCUUCUUUCUCUCCUCGGCUGAAGUUGCAUGUGGGUUAUAGUUGAGGUGAUGCUCUGAUGUCUCGUGUUUCUGCCUCUGGUUCUAAUUUACUGUGUGCAGUCCUCCCUCCAAGACCGGGUUAUAAAUGGAUUUUCAUUGGGCAGUCGCUGCCUGUUUAUUUGUGUGUGGAAUAGUUCACAUGAUUGUGUGCCAGCAGUCAUGAGUCGAUCUCUGGACAUAGAUCCCUCUGUGCAGGGGAAGUGGAAUGUUACGAUGUUGGAUAAAACAGAUUCAGAUCCUAAACUACAAACUAGACGUGCAGAAGGAAGAAAAAGCACGAAUCUGUUGGCCGUCAUGCCUGACUUGUUUAUUCCUAGCGCGGCCGUUAGUCAUGCACUGUGUGUGCUUGGUCAGUGAAUUCCACUUUGAAAAAGUGGCCUUGGGUGACAACAUCCAAAACGCACGGCGGCAAGACUACAACAACUUAAUUUGUCCCAAUUGCUCCUUAAAAGUCUGCACGUUUGGUAUGACCGAGGGUUGGAAGUAAAACCUUCUUUGACGUGGCCUUGAAGGGAAAGCACAACAUGUUUACGGAGCAAAUAGCUGUGGAAAAUAUGCCUCAUGGCUUUCAUGCUCAUUCUUUUCAGUAGGGUGUCAUAUUAAAUGGUGUGUAACUGCCAAGGCAUUCCUUGCAUCGCGACAGUCGCACCGUGGUGAAAAACUUUGGUUACUUUGGCUUUCGACUUGCCGGGGCGGCUGGUUCAGGGGUUCGUAAGAACACACAGGACCGAAGAGGAGCGGAUCUUGGAUCUUGGAUCUUGGAUCUUGUUGUUUCAGGAGACAAUGGAAGGAAAGGAUAACUGUCGGACAGGAACACUAAUAUACAGACUGUCAUCCACAUCUAUCAGUUGAGCCAGAUACACUCUAAAAAAUGAAACAUUGGGACAACUCAAAAAUACAUGUUAAUGUUUUCCACUAGAAUGUUUAAGUUAAGCCAACUGCUGGCAGAAUUACAUUUAUUCAAAGCAAUGUUUUAAGUAUGGUGAAGUAGCUUUUUGGCCACAAUAAAACACAUUUCUAUGUAAAAUGAACGUAUUAAUUGUCAACAUGAAUGCAAAUAGAACCAAUUUUUCAAAUUACAGUAACUAAACAGUAGCACAAUUCUAAAAAUGUGCAAAAACCCACAUUUUCCUGAGACACAAAAUAACGUGCACUCAGAAAUGCAUGAGGAGGAACAGUGUUAUAAAGUGAAGUAAAACCCACGAAUCACCAUUAGAUGGCUGUACAUUAAAGGCACUAAUUUCAACAUCAAAUGAUCAAAGCUUCUUUCAAUCAACUUUGGCAGUACUCCCACAUCAUCAUCCUUAUUCUCAAUAUCUGACUGUUCACCCUCCUGAUUAAUGCCAGGAAAAGAAGGCACUGCAUAAAGUUCAAAAUACACCUAUACCCCCAGAGCAAAGGUCAUGGGAGAAAUCCUCAAACCUGUGAAAACAUAGGCUACAUUCUCCUGAGACACAAAAUAACAUGCACUCGGAAAUUUAUGAGGAGAAACAGUGUUAUAAAAUGAAGUAAAACAGAGCUCGUGAAUCACCAUCCUUUGACAUGAACAAAUGAAGAUAAUUUAAAACAAAGGAUGACAAACGGCUGUAUAUUAAAAGACACACAUUUCAACAUCAAAUGAGCUUCUAUCAAUCAACUUUGGCAGUACUCGCAUCAUCUCUUAUCUCAUCAAUAUCAGACUACUCACCCUCCUGAUUAAAAAAAUCAUGUUUAGUUUUUUUUCAUUAAAUAAAUAGUCUCCUAUGGAUUGCACACACUGCUUAGUGGGUAUUAUCACAGGAGCAGCAAUCCUCUCUGCCUGCACAUCGUUAAUGAUUAAAGAUGGUGUGAGUGGAUCGAGAUUUAAAUGCUGACUCGCCCAGAACACAUCUUGGCAUGAAGGGCCCAUACUUCACUUAAUCCUUGCAGAUUGUAUUCUCUGUUUUAUUAUUAGGUUAUCAUGUGAGCAGAACUGGAGCUCCGGGACAUUUCAUCAGCGCUCACUUUCCAACGCAGGGGUUUCAGCCCGUUUCUUACAGUUAAAAGUAACUAAUAGAUUCCCUUCACCACCCUGCUAAGCAACUGAUCAGCGAGGCAGUCCUGUAUUUCUAAAGGGAACUUUGUCCUUCCUUAAGGGAAAGCAUCUGGAACAAUUCUCCCACAUCUGCUUCUGGGUUAGCAACAUAUUUCCAUUGGUAUGAUUCAAGAAUAGCAAUGGAUCCUGAAGGUUCACGCAUCCAAGAUGACCCGGAUGUCCGGGUGAUGAUGGCGGGGUCGACUCUGAGAAAAGUCAAGUCCAAAUCGUGGAAAAAGCCGCGGCAUUUCCGCCUCCUGGAGGACGGCCUGACGUUCUGGUACAAGUCCAGAUGGGCAGGGAGGAGCCACUCCACGUUCUCAGUUACUGAGGUGGAGGCUGUGCGCGAGGGUCACCAGUCGGAGGUCCUGCUGAGCCUCGCCGAGGAGUUCCCCGCUGAUGUCUGCUUCACCUUGGUGUUUCGAGGUCGCCAAGGCAACCUCGACCUUGUGGCCGAGUCGCCCGAAGAAGCCAAGGCGUGGAUCCAGGGAGUCCGCAAGGUCAUUCACAAGGCUCAAACUAUGGAUGCCAAGGAGAGGCUGGACCAGUGGGUCUGGGACUGGUUUCAGAAAGCUGACAAAAACAAAGACGGGAAGAUGAAUUUCAAAGAGGUGCGGACACUGCUGAAGAUGAUGAACGUGGAGAUGAACGAGGAGCAUGCUCUGCGCCUCUUCACGAUGGCUGACAAGUCAGAGAGUGGCUCUCUGGAAAUCGAGCAGUUUGUCCACUUCUAUAAGAUAUUGACUCAGAGGGACGAGGUGUGGAAGGUGUUCCAGGACUACUCCGGAGAUGGGGAAAAGUUAUUGUUGGACGAGCUGGAGAGCUUCCUGAGCAUAGAGCAGCAGGAGGGAGAGCAGAGUUCCCGGCGUGCCCAGGAGCUGAUUGAUCGCUACGAACCAUCUGAAACAGGUGAAGAAGCCAAGAAGCAGAGCGCCAUGUCAUUGGACGGCUUCCAGAUCUACCUGUGCUCACGGGAGGGCUCCGUAUUUAACCCUGAGCAUCGGGAGCUCCACCAGGACAUGAACCAGCCGCUUAGCCACUACUUCAUCUCCUCCUCACACAACACCUACCUCCUGGAGGACCAGCUGCGAGGCCAGAGCAGCCUGGAGGCAUACAUCCAGGCCCUGAAGAGAGGCUGCCGCUGUGUGGAGGUGGACUGCUGGGACGGCAGUGAUGGGGAACCCGUCGUUUAUCAUGGUCACACGUUGACUUCCAAGAUUCUUUUUAGAGAUGUCAUUUCAACGCUGAAGGAAUACGCCUUCAAGGCAUCGGACUUUCCUGUCAUUCUGUCUCUUGAGAAUCACUGUUGUUUGGAGCAGCAGACCGUCAUGGCCCAGCACCUUAGUCAAAUCCUGGGGGACGUGCUGCUGACCUCCUUGCUGGACGGGCAGGUUCCUCAGCAGCUUCCCUCUCCUCAGGAACUGAGGGGGAAAGUUCUGCUGAAAGCCAAGAAGAUUAAUGGUCCAGGAGACUGCGUUGAUGAAACCCUGAUGGAUGAAGUUAGUGAUGAGGAAGAGACGGCCAACGAUGAUGCUGAGAGUCUGCCUACAGAGGACCCGUCUGCUGAGUGUUUGAAGAAAUCCAAGUGCAAACUGUCCAGGGAGCUGUCAGACCUGGUGGUUUACUGCAAGAGUGUGCACUUCCAGGGCUUUGAGCACGCUCGAUCCCAGGCCAAAUGCUACGAGAUGUCCUCAUUCUCUGAGUCCAAGGCCAAGAAGCUCGCUAAGGACGCAGGAACAGAUUUUGUGCAGUACAACACACGGCAGCUGACCAGGAUCUACCCCGGAGGACGCAGGACCGACUCGUCCAACUACAACCCACAGGAGAUGUGGAAUGUGGGCUGCCAGAUAGUGGCUCUGAACUUCCAGACAGCUGGCCUGGAAAUGGAUCUGAAUGACGGGCUGUUCGGGCAGAACGGCUGCUGCGGCUACGUCCUCAAGCCCGACUUCAUGAGGGACGCCAACACUCAGUUCGGCCCCGAGAAGCCCAAGGAGCUGCGAGGCUACAAACCCCUCCGCUUAUCCAUACAGGUGAUCAGUGGGCAGCAGCUCCCAAAGGUGAACCAGAAAGAAGGCUCAAUUGUGGACCCCCUGGUCCGAGUGGAGAUCUACGGUGUGCCACAGGACCAGGCCAAGGAAGAGACCAGUCACAUCAACAACAAUGGUUUUAACCCAGUAUGGAAUGAAACGUUAAAUUUCGUCAUCCACGCGCCUGAUCUGGCCCUGGUUCGCUUCGAGGUGGAGGACUACGACAAGGCCUCCAGGAACGACUUCAUCGGCCAGUUCACGCUUCCGUUUACGUGCAUCCAAGCAGGAUAUCGUCACAUUCACCUGCUCUCCAAAGAUGGAACCGCCAUCCCUCCCUCCUCCCUCUUUGUCAACAUCAGCAUCUCAGAGCUCGAAUAAAGAGGUCAAAUCUGAGCGGACUACAGCCCCGCGGCAUCGGCCUGACGCAGGAUGGGGACAGCGCGCGCCAUUGCUUUUGUCCGAUAUCGGGCAUCUGCCGGUUUGUUAAUAAGGUGACACGGUGUGCUAACAGCGUGUAACAUUCCAGAAAUACUUUCAUGGAUCCAUUGUUAAUUCCAACAUUCCAAAUAAUUAUGGUUUUGCCAAAACUGAGCUAAGCACGUUCAUGUUAAGAUGAAUGGAUAACUGUCUCUUUUAGCGUCUCUCAGAGUUUCAUCAGGUCGGCUACACGUUGCACCUCUUAGAUAGCAAUCCUCGGGUAAUGUGUCAGAAAUCCUAUUAAGUUAUUUUUUACUCAGCAUUAUUCACUGAAACAAGAUAUUACAUUUCUGUUCUCAAGGACUUAUCUCAAACAGAUUGAAUCAGUUAUAGAAAGUCACUAUGAAAUAAGGUCGAUGCAUGUCCUUUACCCAAUUCGACAAGAAACUACAAUUCUAACUUUUUAACAAAAUAUUUUUAACUGCUUAGGGAAUUAGGUAACAUGAAGGAUAACUUCAUGUCUACAAUGUAAAAAUACCCCCAUCUGCCUUUUAAUAUAUUGUAUAUGCAGAAGUGACCGUGUAAUAAUAGAAUGUGAAAAAAACAAAUAACAGUAUUAUAAACACACUAUAAUGAAUUACUCAGAACUUUGCAGCGUGCUGGUUGCACUACGAUCAGUACUGCUUGAGUUAUUUCUAUAUUAAGAUACUAAUUGCACUAAUGUACUAAUUCUACAAUGACAAGUUGUGUAUAAUGUACAUGGGUCUGUAAAUAAAUGCAUUUUGUGAAUGGUU